AAAGCAUUGUUAAAGUUUAGGGUCGAAAUGGAAACGAACGAAACACGGCAUUUGGGAAGCAACAGUUGGGAAGCAAUAAAAAUCUCUCCUUUUUCAAUUCUGCUUCUAGUGGAACCAAGGAUGAAGAAUUUCAAUGAAAGCUGAGGGAAAAAAAUGACUGGCGGAGGAGAAUUUGGCGAUCAGAACCACGUGCUGAGAUCCGCCUGUCACCAACAAGAGGACGCCGACGACGUGGAAGCGCAGGGGACCAACGCUUUUAAGGAUAUCUUCAAGCAGUUGGAUCGCGGAUUUUCUGGAAGACACCACAGCUUCAAGCGACUGGACAGAGAGCGUUCAACGUCGUCUUCAGCAGAAGAUCACCAUCAUCAAUAUGCUUUUGUCGAAGGUACUGAUGCGCUUGGUGAUAGCGCCCCGCCAGAGUGGGCGUUGCUUCUUAUCGGUUGCUUGCUUGGGCUGGCUUCAGGUGUCUGUGUUGCCGCUUUCAACAAAGGAGUAGUUCCCAUUCUUAGAUUCAAAAUGAGGUUCAGACUCAUAAUGUUACUGCAAAACUGUAAAGUUUCCGUCUUGGUGUUUAGGCACCCUCACCUAUACAAAUCUCAUCUUCAGAUUUUGGAAACUAAUUCGCUCCUCUACUACAUCCAGGUUCACGUCAUACAUGAAUGGGCCUGGGCUGGGACACCAAACGAGGGUGCUGCUUGGCUCCGUCUCCAGAGACUAGCUGACACUUGGCAUCGGAUUCUUUUGAUCCCCGUGACUGGAGGUGUCAUUGUUGGAGUGAUGCACGGUUUACUUGAGAUAUUGUACCAAAUAAGACAGUCCAAUUCUUCUCAACAGCAAGGUCUUGAUUUGGUUGCUGGGGUCUUCCCCACAAUAAAGGCCAUCCAAGCUGCUGUAACUUUGGGUACUGGAUGUUCUCUGGGUCCUGAAGGCCCUAGUGUUGAUAUUGGAAAAUCAUGGGCCAAUGGAUUCUCCUUAAUGAUGGAAGGUAACAGAGAAAGGAAGAUUGCUCUAAUUGCUGCUGGUGCUGCAUCUGGAAUAGCUUCAGGUUUUAAUGCUGCUGUUGCCGGUUGCUUCUUUGCUAUUGAAACUGUUUUGAGACCUCUUCGUGCUGAAAACUCACCUCCAUUUACAACUGCAAUGAUAAUUUUGGCCUCAGUCAUAUCAUCUACUGUAUCUAAUGCUUUACUUGGGACGAAAUCAGCUUUCACUGUGCCAGCCUAUGAUCUGAAAUCGGCUGCUGAGCUGCCUCUUUACCUCAUACUGGGUAUGCUAUGUGGUGUUGUUAGUGUAGCCUUAACUCACUUGGUUUCAUGGUUCACCAAGGCAUUUGAAAUUAUCAAGGAAAAAUUUGGGCUUCCUGCUGUUGUAUGUCCUGCUUUAGGUGGUUUAGGUGCUGGCAUUAUAGCUCUAAAGUAUCCUGGAAUAUUAUACUGGGGUUUUACAAAUGUUAAUGAAAUACUCCAUACCGGAAAGAAUGCUUCUGCUCCUGGAAUCGGGUUGUUAACUCAACUAGCUGCAGCCAAAGUGGUGGCAACUGCUUUGUGUAAGGGAUCUGGACUUGUAGGUGGCCUUUAUGCUCCAAGUUUAAUGAUUGGAGCUGCUGUAGGUGCUGUAUUUGGAGGCUCAGCUGCUGAAGUUAUCAAUUCAGCAAUUCCUGGAAAUGCUGCUGUUGCACAGCCACAAGCAUAUGCAUUGGUUGGAAUGGCUGCUACAUUAGCUUCAGUUUGUUCAGUGCCUUUGACUUCAGUUCUUCUUCUCUUUGAGUUGACAAAAGAUUACAGGAUACUGCUUCCUCUCAUGGGAGCUGUUGGAUUGGCAAUAUGGGUUCCUUCUGUCACAAACCAGAACAAGGAGGCUGAAACAUCUGAUUCAAGGAGUAGCCCAAGAGGUUAUUCUUCUCUUUCAACUGCUGAGGAACUCUCUAUCAUAGAAAGUGCAGCUGACCAUGAAGCAAUUAAUGAAGAUUUGCUUCUAGAGAAUCUUAAGGUUGCUAGGGCCAUGUCAAAGAAGUAUGCAAAGGUCCCAAUGGAUUUCACUUUAAAAGAAGCAAUAAAAUGUAUGCAUGACAACCAUCAGAAAUGUGUGCUUGUUGUUGAUGAGGAAGACUUUCUGGAGGGGGUACUUACAUAUGGUGAUGCCAAACGAUGUCUGUCUCAUCAAUCUAGUGGUACCUCUAAGAGCGAUUUGACACUCGUGGAGGUCAACACCUGUCCAGUUUCCUCAGUUUGUACACGAGGGAUAAGCUACCGUGGGCAAGAGUGUGGUCUUUUGAUUUGUUAUCCAGACACUGAUUUGAUAAUUGCCAAGGAAUUGAUGGAGGCCAAGGGGAUAAAGCAGUUACCAGUUGUGAAGCGUGGUGGCAAACCCCAAAAAGGAAGGAAGCGAAGAGUUGUUGGCAUUCUCCAUUACGACUCAAUUUGGAACUCUCUCAGAGAGGAGAUAAGUCACUGCAAAUCAGUUUAUCAGCAUAGAAAAGCAAACAAUGUGGAAGACACCAUGUCAAAUGGUCAUUAAUGAAGUGAUGCGACAGAUGUUUAAAUUCAAACUUGGGCUGUCAGUUAGAACAGAGACCAGGGCGUUCCCUCUUGAAGUUGAGGCUCCACCUUGCCGUAUAAUGUACACAUGUCCAGGUUUUUUACUUUGAGGGUUGAGAUAUGAUUAUCAUCAUUAUGGGUUUUACAAAAAUCUGAAUAUCCUCCCCUUAACUCAGAAAGUUGGACCUGGCCGAAGAAUGGGGGAAAAAACCCUCAGAAAGUUGUGCCUUGUAGAUGUAUUUUCUCAGUUAUUGUAGGUGAAAUGGUACAGCCAAAAUUUUAAAGGAAAAUGGAAAUUCAAAGGGACAGAUGAAUGUGAUGUUUUAUUCAAGUAAAUGUCAUCAAUCGAUUUUUUUGGGCGGGGAAACUGGUAUGUUUUCAAAUAUUGUAGGUGAGUUUGAGAUUGCCAUGUUGGGCUGUGGUUAUGGUUUUGAGCCUAUCUUUUUGUAUUGGCCUAAAAAAAAUUUAAUUUGGGAAUGGUGAGGAAGACUUAAGUUUUGAUCCUAUCUCGUUUGAAGUUGAACCCUAAGGGUAUUAAUUUUGGGUAUUUUUUGAGAAUUGGCCUGCCUUACUUGGACUUUAAGGGGUAUUAAUUUUGAGUGUUUUUGAAGAUUUUAGUGCUGACAAUUUUAUAAUUAGUUAAAGAUUAGCAAAGAGUUUCCCAAGACUCGAUGCUUGGUGGUUUAGAUUUGAUUCAUUUAAAGAUUGGAAGGGACUUGGUUAAACCUGAAAUCUCCUGAGUAUUGUACUGUGCACCAUUUUUCUUUUUGGUACAUGAUUAGUGUUUUAAAGAGAAUAACAAAUAAUAAUGCCUACC